AAGAUGAAAGAAAGACAGACAGAAAAUACAUAAAAGAAGAAAGAAAGAAAGACGCAGAGCCUACGGCGUAGCGUCUACGUUGGUGUAACGCGGAACCAUAAAUCAGCCUUCAGUGCAGAGUCGGUAAUGGGUUUCCUAAAGGCUGAUUUAUGGUUCCGCGUUACACCAACGCAGAGCUUCCGCCGUAGCCUUAACGUCGCAGCGCUGCGUGGAUGGCAGCAGUGCGCGGAACCACGCCGCAGCUGACAGACAGACAGGGCGUCACGGUGUUUCUGUAAACUUUUCGAUGAGCAGCAGGCGGGGAGAGAAGGGCCUGUGCGCAACUCUCCCCCCGGACUAUGCCUUCCCCAGCUCGGGAGGACAUGACAGGGAGCAGCGGACGGCAGGACGACAGAGACGCGGACAGGAGUCCCCGCGGCGGGACGGAGGAAGGAGGACGCGUCGUGUGCGCUCUGGAGAUGGAGAUAACCAACUGCAGCAUGCAUGACUCCAAAGUGGACUGCGUCAACUGCGAUGGUCUGAUGAUCAGUCGGAAUUGCGGGCAGUUGGCAGAAGUUUCAGUGCCGCUGACUUUUCCCGGGAAACGGGCGACUCACAUGGAGGGAGACGACCUGUACAGACUCCGGGAGAGAAAGUUCCUGGUAGAGGACAGAAAGCGCAUCUGCGCGCUGGCUCUGAGCACCGCGCUGCUGGGGAUACUGCUCAUGAUCAUCCACGCAGAAAUAUGUUACCAUUUCUAUGGACCGGGCUCAAAAGUCUCCCUGAUCAUCAAUUGUUCCAUAAGCCUGUCCACUGGGUGUCUUCUGGUCUUUAUUAUAGCUUUCCAUUAUAAGGACAUCAGGCUUUUCAUCAUUGAUCACAACCAGGUGGACUGGCAUAUUGCCAUGACCAGCCACAGGGUUCUUGUGAUCAUUCUGGAGCUGCUGGUCUGUGUCAUCCAUCCUGUGGGGUCGUACUGGGAAGUGGGCCUGAACCUAACCACACAUGUCAACACCUCCUCCACCGCUCCACUCUGUGUCUCCAUUAACCGCGGCAAAGCCCUGUUGGACAUGGAGCUGCUGUCGUCAAUGCUGAUGUUCCUCCGUCUCUACUUGGUGCACAGAGCCAUACUGCUGCACAGCAAAGUGCUACUGAGCGCCUCCUACAGAAGCAUCGGCUCUCUCAACAAUAUCAACUUCACAUUUCGCUUUGUUCUCAAGGUUCUGAUGAACAAACAUCCGGCACGUACACUGCUCGUCUUCAUCCUGCUCUUCUGGCUCACUGUGUCCUGGAUGCUUACUCUGUGUGAAAGACAGAUUCAAGCAUCCACGCGGCACAUGGAUACUGCCCUGUGGCUCAUAGCCAUUACGUUCCUCACAGUGGGCUAUGGCGAUGUGGCACCUCAGACCAGCUGUGGGAAGGCGGUGUGUCUCUUCACUGGUGUCAUGGGCGUAGCCUGCACCGCCAUGCUGGUGGCCAUCGUAACAGAGAAGCUGGCGUUGAACAAAGGAGAGAAACAUGUGCAUUUCUUCAUGCUGGACAUCCAGAUUUCCAAAAGGAUUCGUCACGCUGCUGCUAACGUUCUGAGAGAGUGCUGGCUUCUGCAUCGUGCGAACCUGUCAAAGGGUAACCGCGGCGAGCACCGAAGACACCAGAGAUGCCUUCUGGAAGCCAUCAGAGUAUUUAGACAUUUACGCCUCAAACAAAGAAAACUGAGAGAUUACGUCAGUGAGAUGGUUGACCUCCCAAAGAUGCAGAUGAUCAUGUGUGACCUCAGUGCCAACUGGAAUAAUUCUUAUCGGGAGCUGGAGCAGCGCAUCCUCUCCAUGGAGCAGAAGCUGGACGAACUGAGUCACUGUUUCCAGCAAACCUCUGACCUGUUGUCUAAGGUUCUGCAUCACCGCAACCCAGAAAUCAGGUGACAUGGCUACAGCAGUGGUUUUAAAAACUGCCUGUGAUGUUUUCCUCAACACUAUCCGUGGAUCCUUCCCAGCCAGAGCUGCUGCAACUCUUGACAUGCUGAACCGUUCGGACAGCUGACAGACCUACCUAAGAUCUGAUCUUCUGGCCCGGUGCUUCAGUGCACUGCACAGUGACUUCUUGUUGUAAAAUUACAGAGAUACAAGAACUCUAUUCACCCUGGGAGAAUCAGAGAGCAUUUUGAGAAGUCUGUUGUGCUUUGAGCAUAUGUAUUUAUAAUGGUGCACAAAGAACUAAAUUUAUCUCAAAGACUGUGGGAAUCUUGCAGACCACAAUGUCAAAGGUCUAACCUGCUAAUUGUGUUAUUUUAAUAAUUAGCUACAUUACUACCUGAUUCCUGUGGAAUGACAUAUUUUUCAUGUUAAUUUUAUUGCAAUUUCUUUUAAUAUACACUUUUUUUAAAUCAAUUUUAGUAAAAUCUCAAAUACAUUUUUCCUCAUUAGUCAACUAUUUAAUGGUUACCGAACGGAAUAUAGUUUGCAAACAGUCUUAUCAAAUAUAACACAAUGUUAAACUAGUGUUCAUUACUCUGUUUUCUUUUUGAAAUUCAAAGGAAUGUGAUUGUAAAUAAGUGAUUUGAUGGACGAUUGAAAAGCUAAGCUUCAAAUGAGAAGAAACUUUAUCUAUCUCCACUUAUAAAUCUUUGGGACCCAAUUUCUAUUUUAUUUAAUUUUUUUUUUACCCAAAGUAUGAAUGUCUACAAUUAAGGCAGCAACUGUCUGAUGCAAGAAAAGCCUCUAACAGUUUCCACCUGCUGAAUCCAAGCUGCUUUGUAGGCGCGUUGUUGAGCAGCGUACCAGCUCCAUCUAGUGGACAAGAGUCAGUAAUGAACAACAAAUUAAUGAACAAUCACAAUUAUGUCAUAACCACUUUAAAAAAAAAAAAGGUAAUUUUCUAGUUUUUACCUUAAUAUCAACACUAUACCAGUGUGUCGAAAGUGAUGCAUUUAAACUGGGUAAACAUUGAAACACAUUUUUUUUUAAAAAGGAAAAAAAAAAAAGGAAACCAAAUAUUUUCCAUCCUCAUUCCCAAGAAUACAUGUGAGAAAAUGUAACUGGAAAAGCUUUCUGUCUGGAGGAUAAACUGGAGUUUUGAUGCAUUUUAACUUCUUUCAAUACUUAGAAGAAGAAAAAAAAAAGAUGGGAAAAUGUUUCUUGUGGGAUCAUUUUUUAUUCUGGUAUGUUGUCAAUUGUUCUUCUGAGGGACUUCUUUUAUCCCCGUUUACUUUGUAUGAUUUGCACACAGUGAAAACAUGUUAACAACCGUUCACACAUGGACAAGCAUUCAAACCUAUUAAAGAAUGUGUUUGGGUUUUAACUUUACUUUUUUUUUUUCUUUUGCCAACAUAUGAAUUAAACAAAACA